CGGUUUCUUUGGCGUUUUUGCAGAGGACGUUUGAGUUUAUCGGCGGACGGUCGGCGGACGGACUUUGCGGCGGGAUUGAAGGUGAGGUCUUUCCUUCGGGCUGCUCCGUGUUCUCCGGGAUCAUGAGGAGAAUGGGCUCCGAUCCGUUUUCCUCUGGGUCUCGGCUCUGGAGCUGAGGAGCGGAGGAGCUCGGCCUCGGGAGGACUGAAGCUCGCCGCGCAUGGUCGGGAUCUGCCGUCCUGCCGCUCUGCGACGUGCAUGGCCUAAACAAAUGAUCACUUUUAUGAAGAAGCUGGCAGCAGAGAUGGGCCAGGACCAAACCAAACAGCAGAUCGAGAAGGGCCUGAAGCUGUACCAGACCAACCAGACCGACCGGGCGCUGCAGACCUGGAUCCGGGUCCUGCAGAAGACCUCCGAUCCUGGGGGAAAGUUCAGGGUGCUGGGCUGUCUGAUCACGGCUCACUCUGAGAUGGGCAAAUACAAAGACAUGCUGAUGUACGCCCUGGAGCAGAUCGACACGGCUCGGGAGAUGGAGGACCCGGACUACCUGACGGAGGGCUACCUGAACCUGGCCCGCAGCAACGAGAAGCUGUGCGAGUUCCAGAAGACGGUGUCGUACUGUAAGACAUGUCUGAACAUGCAGGGCACCACGGUCAGUCUGCAGCUCAACGGCCAGGUCUGUCUGAGCAUGGGCAACGCUUUCCUCGGCCUCAGCGUCUUUCAGAAGGCCCUGGAGAGCUACGAGAAAGCUCUACGCUACGCCCACAACAACGACGACAAGAUGCUGGAGUGUAGGGUCUGCUGCAGCCUGGGGAACAUCUACAUACACCUCAAGGACUACGAGAAGGCCUUGUUCUUCCCCUGCAAAGCAGCUGAACUGGUCAACGACUACGGCAAAGGCUGGAGUCUUAAGUACCGCGCCAUGAGCCAGUACCACAUGUCUGUGGCCUACAGGAAACUGGAGCGCCUGCCCGACGCCAUGGAGUGCUGCGAGGAGUCUAUGAAGAUCGCGCUGCAGCACGGAGAUCGCCCCCUGCAGGCGCUCUGUCUGCUCAACUUCGCAGACAUUCACCGCUGCAGACGAGACGUGGACAAAGCAUUCCCUCGGUACGAGUCGGCUCUGGGCAUCAUGACGGAGAUCGGGAAUCGUCUGGGACAGGUCCACGUCUACCUGGGAGUCGGGAAGUGCUGGCUCCUGCAGAAGGACCACGACAAGGCCCUGGAUUCUCUUCAGCGAGCGCAGCAGCUCGCAGACGCCAUCGGAAACAAGUUGUCCACGCUGAAGGUCCACUGCAUCAGUGAGAACAUCUACAGGAGCCGCGGGCAGCAGGACGAGCUCCGGGAGCAGGUGGUCAAGUUCCUUCAGUGUGUGGAGGAGCUGGAGCUUUACUGCGGCAUGUGCGGCGAGAGCAUCGGAGACCGAGACCAGAAGCUCCAGGCUCUGCCCUGCUCGCACAUCUUCCACCUCAAGUGUCUGGAGACCAACGGCACGAAGGGCUGCCCCAAGUGUUUCAAGUCGUCGCUGAAGCCCGGGUUCGUGUGAGGUUUUCGGGGCGUGUCUCCUGGACGUGCCUGACGGGGGCGCCGCGGAGCCGGACUCGGACCCGGCCUCGGACCCGGCUCGGUCUGCGGAGGUCCGGCCCGAGACUGUGGACAGCAGCUCGACUGAACCCGGCGCUCACAAGGACUGAAGUGUCUCGCACACAGAGCUGGGGUCUCUAUGUUCAGAGGAAAAAAGCAUUUACACGUUUAUUUUGGAGAUUUCACUUUGCCUCCGAGCGACACUGCACCACACGAUUUUCAAAUCACAAAACACACAAAACACACAAAACACACAAAAGACACAAAAAACACAAAAAAC